AUGCCCUUGGCAGAGGCGCCAGCGGGGUUACUGAAUGAGAGGCUGGGACAGAUCGAGGGGAGGUUACAGCGGGGCUCGCUGACGGAUUUCGGGCACCUUAAAGGGAUUCUGCGGCGGAGGCAGCUGUACUGUCGAACCGGCUUCCAGCUGGAGAUAUUUCCCAACGGGACCGUGUACGGGACAAGACAGGACCACAGCAGAUUCGGUGAGCGUCCAGCAGUUGCAUGUGAACUUGGUGCGCUUUUUUGUACAGAGACCAAGAGCAACAUCUUUUGCAAUAACUUUUACAUUUGAAACCUGGUUAUUUAUUUGAAGGUUUUCCUUUCCCAAAGCGUUGGAUGACUGUGAUGAUAGAGCAGCAUUUUUGUUCUGUCUUUCCCAGUAAUAGAUGAUGUCAUAUUUAACCAGUAAUAGAUGAUGUCAUAUUUAACCAGUAACAAAAUAUGUCAUAUUUAACCAGUAACAGAUGUGUCAUAUUUAACCAGUAACAGUAACAGAAGGAUUUUACUGCAGGGCAUUUGACACCUAUUAUGGCCGGAUUCUCAGAAUAUGAUUAGUCAUAUUGCUGAAGGGUUUCAGGUGUGUGUGUGUGUGUGUGCGUGUGUGUGUGCGUGUGUGUGUGUGUGUGUGCAUGCCAUCCAGUCAGCAGGACAGUCACAUGCCUUCCUUCCCCAGGAUAACCCACCAAGCCCCUCAGCGGGGUGGGAGCAGCAGGUAGGUGGCUCCCCUCAGAGAGAGGGAGAGCUGGACAGGCAGGGGUCUGUGUCUGGUUCUCUGUUUAACUGGUUCAAAGGGACCCGCCGCCAGCCCACACAGGCUCGCUCUCUCCUAAUUCUACUAUUAAUACAAAUCAUUGGAGGUGUGGUUCCAAUCACAAUCAUAGACACAUGA